GAGAAACCCGCAAACCCCUCGCUGUUCACUUCCUCUGCAAACAACUUCAACUAAUAAAAAGUUCUUGUAUAUUCGGUCGUGAAAGUGGCUAUUUAAAACAGCAAACAAAACAGUGGAAAUAAACCCGACCGAAGCCAGGGGGCGGCCUCGGUCCACGGCCGUCAACUUUACCUUUUUUAAGGGUUUCGAGCCCAUCUCCAUCCUUCUUUCCAUCAAAACAUUGCGUAAAAGUCAACACAAAAGCUCACGUACCAGCGACCCCGCCGCGAACACCAAGCAGGACACCGCACGCAACCGCUUAGAUCACAUUUCAGAUGGAGGCUUCAGGUGCUCGCGCGAUGAGCACAUCGCCGACGAAAACCGCGACGAGCGACGCGACGCUGCAGCGCACUCUACAAAGCAGCUCAGACCACGCGCCUGAGGAAGACUACGCCAGCAAUAAUACAAAAAGCACAUACACAAGCACACUCAACAGACCUCGCCCGGGACUCAGUCAACGCACGCUCUCGGGUCUCUCAGUCACGACGCAGAACCAGCUGUCGACGCACGAGUCCGAAUCAGACAGCGGCUACCGAUCUGAAGAUAAGCCUGGAUCGGUGCGCCGGCUUUUCGCGGGCUCGGGAGCUGCCGCCACCGGAUCUAUCAAGAAGCACGGCGAUGGCUUGUCGAAGACUGUGCAGUCGGGCUCGGGGAGUAACGCAAUGACUGUCGAGACAGAGACCGUCACUACCGUCGCCUCGGUCGCCGUGGGCGCUUCCGCCCAGGGGAGCGUCCGAAGUAGCAAGAAUCCUAACCCCAGAAACUCAGUCAAAGGCAAGAAGAAGAAACCAAAGCCACUACCUCAUAUCCAAGGCACUUCCCGCGCCGACAUUUUCGCCGCGAAAAUCGCCUCCGCGGUCGACGACAACGACUCUGACGACUCUGACGAGACGUUUGUGUAUGAAUCCAACACACGCGAUAUAAGCCAGUCCGCGCGGUUCCAGGACUCGAGGUCGCCUUCGUUGUCGGGUAGUGGCGGCGGCGGUGGCGGAGGGGGUGGUCAGUCUGGUCAGGGAGGGGGAAGUGAGCGUGUUCAAGGGGCAGGAGGCGGCGGAGCUGGUCUUCGAAACAUGCUUGAGCCGCCUCGGUCGGGCGGGAGUAUAAACGGCAACUCGAUCAAGAACCUCGAUCCGCGCUCGCUCAACAGUAUCUACAGCUCGACCAAGAGCAUGAUGGCGCCGCCGGCGUCUCCGCGCCCGUUUCCCAACCGCGGGGCUGCGUCUGCGGUCGCGCACGACGGCUACGCGGACGACAACGACACGGGCGCGGACGGCGACGACGACUUUGACGACGACGAGACGGCGCUGCUGAGCGGGGCGAGUCGGCGGGUGCGCGCGCAGCGGCGGCGGAACGCAAGGAGCGAGGCGAGGAAAUUGAGAAGGUCGAUGUUGACUACGUGCAUGGUGGUUUUGGCGUUGAUUAUUGGGUUUUCUUUGGGUGUCGUGUAUGUUACGAGUUGAAGACGGGGUUUAUAUACAUGAAAGUACGCAGCACUUGCUAGCUGCUGCCACGUCUCUUUGUUUCUUUCUUUAUUUUCAUUUGUACCGGCGUUGUCGACCUAUCCGUUUCUGUUUUUAAUGAAUGAUGCAUACGAAACUAGUCUGUUUAUAAAAGUGCAGGAUGAGGAGGUGUCGUCCAGGGGCUCAGUUCCCUCAACCCCAUGAGCG